UAAAUUUUCUUGUCAUUUUCUUUCCAAUAUGCAAUAUUGUCAAAGUACAGUCAUUAUAUGUCACACAGGCUUUGUUGAAUUUCUUACGUCUCUAUCCAUUAUCCCCAGGUCAACUUGCCAUCCUCUUAAGAGGUUUUCAAGUGGAAGAGACAGCUAAAGCACCCUGCUUGGGUGUCAUCUUUUCGCCCCUGCCGACUAGGUCACGCAAAAGUCAUCCUGAACUUAACCUUUUCAAUGAAUUUAAAAAAAAAAGUUCACAUAUCUAAAUGAGCAUUUGUGUGUCUUUAACGGUUAUGUGUAUUAACCUUUUCUUGAUCAUUCAAAGCUUGUCUGAUCACCAUGUAUUGUAGUAGUACUAGCAAUGGUGAUCUUAUCUUUUGAAAGGACACUUUGUUCAUGCAGGCAAACCAAAUGCAAUAUUAAAAGCUUUUAAUCUCCAUUUGCUUGCAUUUCAUUUAAAUGAAAUGAAGAAACAGUGUAAGAGCUAUCAUGAUCCCCACCCACUCAGCGUCACAAGUACUUCACAUUUUAGGCAACUCCUCCAGGCAGGCAGGCAAGUCACAUUCACGUGAGUACAUGAAGGCAAGACCACUGCUGACACUUAUGAGGAAUAACAGCUGCUUUUUUUUUUGGAGGUGUUUAGCUUCGGCCUGCAGAAUUAGUUAGUGAAGUCGUAGUAGUAGUUUUUUAUUUUAUUUUUAUUUAUUUUUUUGUAAUUUGUAAACACGUUUGCUUCAACUUUUGAUUGCACAAAUGACCCCGCAAGUGCUCUUGUUUGUGGUUGCAUUGUCCGGCAUCCACUAUGUGACCUCCGAUGAGGCGUUCAAGUGUCCGCAAAUCUGCCACUGCACGGCCUCCAAAUUUCAGUGCAGCAAGGACACACAAAUGGCUUCCGAGAAUGAAACCACAUCCAUAGUUCUCAAACACCUGGAUCUUGAAGAACUUCCAACCCAUGCGUUUAAAGAACUCAUCAACAUUAAAGCAAUUUUGAUUUACUACAGCACUGUGACCAGGAUACAGACACACGCCUUCCUAUCCAUCCAUGGCUUGAGAGAAAUCACGAUUAAAAACCUGAAAAAUCUGAGGACAAUUGAAAAGGGUGCCUUCACUGACCUGCCUAAUCUGAAUUAUUUAUGCAUCUUUGGCACUGGGGUGAUGCACUUCCCAGACUUAUCCACCAUAUCCUCUUUGGCCUUCCCAUUCAGCCUAAAAAUGCAAGCAAACAUGGCCAUAGAAAAUAUCCCUGCCAAUUCCUUCAACGGUAUGACAAAGACGGCCAGUGACAUAAGCCUGAUCGGUAGCGGUUUCAAGGAAAUCUACCCACACGCGUUCAAUGGAACCUUCAUCAGAACACUCGAUUUAAGACACAACAGGCAUCUGUGCAACAUUCCAGAGGACGCCUUUGAGGGAGCCUGGGGCCCGCUUUAUCUGGAUGUGUCCUCCACAGCUUUGACCUCCCUCCCCCGAAAAGGGUUGGAGCAGGUAAAGCGCCUGAAAGCCAAAUCUGCUUUUGCUCUGAAGCGCCUUCCUCCACUAGACAGUCUUACUGAGCUGGGGGUGGCUGAGCUGACAUAUGCGAGUCAGUGCUGUGCUUUCCACUUGUGGUACAGCAAACACAGACAAGAAGCUCUCAAGAAUCCAUCACCAUUUUGUGAAUCAAUCUACACAAAUUUUGGUCGAGGCACUGACCUCUACAACAAUCACCCACAACUGGAACAUAUUUGUCCCAGCCACGCCGGCAUCCAGUGCACGCCAGAGCAAGAUCCUUUUAACCCUUGUGAGGACCUCCUGGGUCCCGUCCUGGGCAACGUCACCUGGAUAAUUGCCUUUUUUACCAUUGUUGCCAACCUCACUGUGCUGGUCAUCCUCCUUUUUACCAGUCGCAAAUUAACUAUCUCCCGGUUUCUCAUAUGUAACCUAGCCCUAGCAGACCUGUGCAUGGGGUUUUACCUGAUGCUCAUCGCACGCAUGGACUACCACUCUCGCCACGAGUACUACAACCACGCCAUGGAAUGGCAGACGGGCCUAGGUUGCGACAUGUCGGGCUUCCUGACAAUGUUCUCAAGUGAGCUGUCAGUUUAUACGCUCACUGUGAUCAGCUUUGAACGCUGGUACACCAUCAUCAAUGCCAUGGAUCUAAACAAGAGGCUGGGCAUGCACCAUGUGCUGGCCAUCAUGGUUGCAGGUUGGGUCUUCUCCCUAAUAGUUGCUCUGCUGCCCCUAGUGGGAGUCAGCAGCUACAGCAAAGUGAGCGUCUGUCUGCCAAUGGAUAUCGACACGCGGGUUUCUCAGGCGUACGUGUUGAUUGUGCUCUCGCUUAACGUUGUGGCGUUUCUGGGAGUGUGUUUCUGCUACGUGUGCAUCUACCAGAGUGUCCGCAAGCCGGCGCCCGCCAAUCACAAUGACGCAAAGCUUGCCAAGCGCAUGGCGGUGCUGAUUUUCACCGACUUCCUUUGCAUGGCGCCAAUCUCCUUCUUUGCAAUUUCCGCUACCCUGCACAUGCCCCUCAUCACCGUGUCUCACUCCAAGUUCCUCCUCAUCAUAUUUUAUCCCAUCAACUCUCUCUGCAACCCUUUCCUGUACACCAUCUUUACUCGGGGCUUUAGGAAAGAAGUGCGCCUGCUGCUCCAACGUAGUAGGAGUACAUUUAUAGCAUUUAAAGCAAAAGGCCCACGACUCCCAACGUAUCUGCAUCCAAAUAAUGCCCAGCGGGAAACCACGCUUUAGCUUCUCGACUCAUCACUUGAGUGAUAGGUUGUUUGUGAUCGAAGGAAACACAUCAUCCGUCAUGAACUCGAAGAAUCCAUCAUCGGCCUGAACUGUACAUUUCUUCAAAGCUUGGCUCAGGAGGGAGAGAGAGCCCUGCAUUGCACACGAUUGCUUGCACGUUUUUUAUUUUUUUUACAAAGACUGAGAAUGUCUCGCAAUUGGCUGGUUACCAGCUUUGGGUGUACCCCGUCUCUCACUCCAAGUUAGCCGAGAUCUCACUCUAGAGAUGGAGGUUUGAGUGGACAGAUGUUCCAGUGUGUACAGUAUUUGUACAUGUGUACUAUA